ACACACACACUCACACAAAACUCACCUUUCAGACAAAUCCAUAAGACGGCAAAAAAACAGUUUUUUUUUUCAAAUUUUAACGUUCAGCAACCAAUCAGCAGGUAUGUCGUCAUACGAUAAACCAGAGAUAGUGGAACGAGGUACCAAGGAGAAAAAGCAUGAAGAAAAAGAAGAAGAAGGUGAGGAUAGCGGAUUUUUAGGGAAGGUAAAGGGUUUCAUUCAGGAUAUCGGUGAGAAGAUUGAAGAGACAAUUGGAUUUGGAAAGCCUACUGCUGAUGUUUCCGCGAUUCACAUUCCCAAAAUAAACCUUAAGCAGGCUGAUAUUAUUGUUGAUGUGCUUGUCACAAACCCAAACCCUGUUCCUAUCCCUCUUAUCGACAUUAACUACUUAAUAGAGAGUGAUGGAAGAAAACUGAUUUCUGGAUUGAUUCCUGAUGCCGGAACAAUCCAUGCACAUGGUUCGGAAACUGUCCAAAUCCCACUAUGCCUCAUAUACGAUGACAUUAAAAACACGUAUGCUGAGAUACAGCCUGGCAGCAUCAUACCUUACAAAAUUAAAGUUGACUUAAUCGUCGAUGUGCCAGUUUUCGGAAGGCUAACUCUGCCUCUUGAGAAAUGUGGAGAGAUCCCUGUACCUUACAAGCCUGAUGUUGACAUUGAAAAAAUCAAGUUUGAAAAGUUCUCGUUUGAAGAAACUGUUGCAAACCUUCAUUUGAAGUUGGAAAAUAAGAAUGACUUUGACUUGGGGCUUAAUGCACUCGACUAUGAGGUGUGGCUUUGUGAUGUCAGCAUUGGAUGUGCAGAGCUGGCUAAAACUCAGAAUUUGAAAAAGAAUGGUAUUACGUACCUUGAUAUUCCAAUCACCUUUAGGCCUAAAGAUUGUGGUUCUGCUUUAUGGGACAUGAUUAGAGGGAAAGGCACUGGCUAUUCCAUGAAAGGAAACAUUGAUGUGGAUACACCUUUUGGAGCGAUGAAGCUUCCUCUUGAUAAGGAAGGUGGUACGACCCGCCUUAAGAAGGAAGAUGACGACGACGAUGAUGAUGAGGAGUAGAGAAUGCAUUUGCAUGAAGGAUUGGUGUUGUGUUUAUGAGGUCAAGUUUGCAUUCUUUAUGUAUGAGUUUUAUUAAGGUUGGUUGUGUUAAAGAAUGAGAACAUAAUAUAUAUAACUUCCAUCUAGAUGAUGUUUACCUUCCAUUUUUAUGGUUCAUCAUUUAUGGAUAUUAUUAAACUUUACUGAAUUGUAGUUGAUAUAUGUUCCCAGUAUUA